UCCGUCAAAUGUCGCUUUUCUCAGACCGUCGACGACAUCUAUACAUCACGGUAUACCUUCUUCGUAGGGACAAAUUGAGCAUUUUUUUUUCUAAUGUGUGACGAUCGUUGUGUAAAGGACAGAGCAGUGUGGUGAAAACUGAGGUCGCGCUGUGUAAAAUAAUAUGGAUGACAACACCAAUGAUACGGCUGUUGGUUGUAUGCCAGCUAUGGCGACUGGUGCGAUGGACAGUGAAAAAGGCAAUGCCCCAAAGUUUUCGCGCAGGAAUCGUUUUCCAAACGGUCUUGUUGUUGACACAGCCCAAGCCGCUGCACUUCAACUGCAAGACCUCCAGCUGGAAAACCAAUCGUGUGAUCGCGAGGUGGAACAAGCGACGAAUGCAGGAUUCAGGUGUCGCACACCAUCUGGGAGCUGCCUGAAAAGCCCGUGUAAGACCCCACCAACCACCCCAUUUGAAAAGAAACACGUUCGAUUUGCAGACAACCUAGGAAAAAGGCUUAUUCAAGGCGUGCGAUUGAUAGAACGCAGUGAUUCAGCUUCUGACAUUCAAGUGCCUGAUUAUGUUUACGAGACACUAGGAAUGCAUCCGAAUGACCCCAUCCCGGUGACCAGCACAUUUUUACAUCCACUUUUUGAUCAGCCGUGCGCCGACUAUAUGGACUUCCAAAAUAGACUCCGCACCUACAAUGUUUGCUUGGAGAAUGCCGUAUCAUCGGAUUUGACGGUGCUGGGAACUGUCAGAGUGUGCAACCUUGGUUUUCACAAAACCGUCGAAGUGCGAUACACAAUGGACGAGUGGCGUUCAACUACAAAUAAAGCGGCCACUUAUGUGAAAGAUUCAUGCGAUGGCCCCACGGACAGGUUUACCUUCGGCCUCUCAGCUCCCCAUGACCUAGGAAUUGGCAAUCGUUUAGAAUUCGCUGUCUGUUUUAAAGUCGGUAGCAAUGAAUUCUGGGAUAAUAAUAAUGGAAAAAAUUACAUUUUUGAGUGCGAGCCCAAAGAGAAUGUUUUCGACUUGUAUUAG